AUGGGAGGCCUCCGCCCCGGCUUCGUCGCCGGCGGCGCCAAGGACGAGAAGGUCAACUCGACGCUUUACGCGCGCAUCUCACAAGAGACGUUCGACGAGGCCGUCAAGGAGAACAUCGAGGACCUCGACAUGGCGCCCGACGAGGCGCUGGAGGACGCGGUCGAGCAGUUCACGUCGCAGGGCAUCAACCUGUCCAACAUCGUGCGGCGCGUGCCCGGCGCGUCCGCGGAGGACGACCCCGCAGCCGUCCGGCUCGCCCGUGCCCUUGCCGCGUGCGUCGAGGGCCUCGAGGAUGAGGAGAGUGAGGAGCUCCUGUACGGCGGCGGCCGCGAGGUGCAGCGAGGGCCCGCCGAGGCGACUACGCUGGCCGGCGCCACGUCGGCGGUCGACUCGCUCGUGUCUGGAUCGCUGGCGCUG